AUGGUGACUGUGGAACCAGAAACCACCCCAACUCCUAAUCCCCCACCUACAGAAGAAGAGAAAACAGAAUCUAAUCAGGAGGUUGCUAACCCAAAACACUGUAUUAAAUAUCCACUACAGAACAGAUGGGCACUUUGGUUUUUUAAAAAUGAUAAAAGCAAAACUUGGCAAGCAAACCUUCGACUGAUCUCUAAAUUUGAUACUGUUGAAGACUUUUGGGCUCUGUACAACCAUAUCCAGUUGUCUAGUAAUUUAAUGCCUGGCUGUGACUACUCACUUUUUAAGGAUGGUAUUGAGCCCAUGUGGGAAGGUGAAAAAAACAAAAGAGGAGGACGAUGGCUAAUUACAUUGAACAAACAGCAGAGACGAAGUGACCUCGAUCGCUUUUGGCUAGAGACACUGCUGUGCCUUAUUAGAGAAUCUUUUGAUGACUACAGUGAUGAUGUAUGUGGAGCCGUUGUUAAUGUUAGAACUAAAGGUGAUAAGAUAGCAAUAUGGACUACCGAAUGUGAAAACAGAGAAGCUGUUACACAUAUAGGGAGGGUAUGCAAGGAAAGGUUAGGACUUCCUCCAAAGAUAGUGAUUGGUUAUCAGUCCCAUGCAGGCACAGCUACUAAGAGCGGCUCCACCACUAAAAAUAGGUUUGUUGUUUAAGAAGACACCUUCUGAGUAUUCUCAUAGGAGACUGCGUCAAGCAAUCGAGAUUUGGGAGCUGAACCAAAGCCUCUUCAAAAGCAGAGUGGACUGCAUUUAAAUUUGAUUUCCAUCUAAAUGUUGCUAAGAUAUAAGAGAAGUCUCAUUCGCCUUUGUCUUGUACUUCUGUGUUCAUAUUUUAUUAUUAUUUUUUUUAAUUUUGGCUAGCAUAUCCACUACCUAAUCAAAGAAUUACAGUACACAUCAUCCCUAGAAUCCAUAAAUGUGUUCUUGGCCCACUCUGUAAUAG